AUGAAACCGCCGAUCAGCACCACGAAAAAGCCUCAUAAAGCGCGGAAAGUGAAGGCGGAGAAGCAAGAUGAAGAUGCUCCGUGUUCCAGCAAGUCCAAAGAAGGUCCAGAUUAUUUGCACGACAAAGAACAUGGUUAUAUGGUCAAGUUGAAGCUUUUGAACAGCAAUUUGACAUGUGGAAUAUGUCAAGGAUACCUAAUUGAUGCCAUUACCAUCAUGGAUUGCUUGCAUUCAUUUUGUAAAAGCUGCCUGUUGAUGUAUUUUGAAGGUAAGUUAAUUUUCUUGUUGUUUUUGAUGUUUAGGAAGGAGUAGGAAUGAAAAUGGGUGUCUACAUAUAUGUUUUAUGUCAACUUAUAUUGUAGUAGAUGGAAAAGAUGUAUAUACGUCAUAAAAGCUUAUUUUUGGUAUCGGCAAGUACUUUAACUUAUUUUUUUAUGUAAACAUACUAAUAAUGCGUUGCAUUCAAGGUUUUCCAGAUAACAAGGACUGCCCGGAGUGUCAUACAGUGAUUCAUCAAUCUCAUCCAACUCAUUAUGUUACUUAUGAUCGUACGUUGCAAGAGAUCGUUUAUAAGCUGGUGCCAGGAUUGUUAGAAGCUGAGCAGAAAAGGAGAAAACAAUUUUAUGAAGAAAGAAAGCGGUUGGGAAUUCAUGAUGGUGAAGAUGAGGAAGAAAGCGAUCAAGUACUUCAGAAGGAUGAACAAGGUAAUGGUUGUUAUCAUAACUUUUGUUUUUAGAGAUGUUUGAUGGUGAUUUUGGACUUUUUAGAUAGCUGAGGGCCAGUUUUAACUAAUCGUUCAAAAAUAUUCAAAUAAUUAAAGCUAAAAAUAUUAUUUUUGAUUAAAAGUUAGAGUUACCGUUAUGGAUAAUAUUCUUUGAAAUACGUGUAUUUUACAUUUAAGUUUAUAUUUAUUAUAGCAUAAAUAUUUUCAGCCUACGAAAAUGCGGUGAUUCAACCGAAAAUUAAGGGAAAAUGUUGUGAUGAACAAGAUAUGGAUGUUGCCCAUAAUCGGUUAGGUGAUAAAGACGCUGUUUGCCUGAUACCCGCUGAUGAUACACCGCCAUUGAAGCAUGCUGUUAUUGCUUUGAAUCGUGAGUUUUAAAUAUAAAUUUUGGGAAUUUAAAAUUUGAAAAACUUUGUUUUAAAAGGAGUAUUAAUGUCUACAUCAAUAUAUUUCAGCUCUGGCCACGAUUACCACGCUGAAACGUCUGUUAUCAUACUUCCUAUUCGAUGGUGACACUUCUCACUACAAUGAAUUUGACAUUUUUUGUAAUGAUGAGCUGAUGGGACGUGAUUAUUCGGUCGUUUUUAUACGGAAAACAAGGUUACGACAGCUGGAUGUGGAUGAACCCAUCACUUUGAUCUAUAAGAAGCACAAGGAAUUCUGA